UUAUUCGUCUCUGCAGCUUCUCACAGGAGAUACUGAAGGCUUGCUCAAUAAUACAUCGAUUUUUUUUGUGAACUUUUCUUUGAUUGGAUGUAAAUGACCUUUUCUUUAUGACUUAUAUGAAUAUGGAUGAAAGUCUGCAUGCAGAAAAAAAGGUCGCCGCGCCUCGUCUGCUGGGUUUUAGAUCCGUCCUCGGGGAACAUAUUGCAGGAGGACAAGGGAGACGUAAGGAAUCGACUGGAAGGACAAAAAUGUUACAAUAAUCCACUUUAUUGUGUUGAGUAAUCGUUGCAGACCUGAGACUCAAACUUUGAGCUGCUGUUUGGAAGCUAGCAAGCAUUUUUUUUAACAAGCACCACCUUAAAUUUACCAAAUAGCACAAAAUGAAUCUUUUUCAUCAAAAGCCUAACAUUUUAAGUUUUUCUGUGGUGUGUGAUUUAAAGAAUUGUAGAACAUAGUUUAAUAAUUACACCAGUUUCUACUUAGAAAGAUACAUGUCAAUGUCUUAAGAGGGAUUAGCAGAAAGGGUCCCUCAAUGUCAAACUUCCAAGUUCUGGAAUCUGAAGUUUCUCACCAACCCCGACCUCAAAAUCCAAUAUGGCCGCCUUCAUACAUAUCGCUAAAGUGUUUCAAAGUACAAAAUUCAGAGGCGCUUGUUUUGCUAGUAGCAGUUAGCUUAGCCAUUGAGGGCCUCUAAGCAAAUCUAAUGGUCUCUGUGUUUGCCUGACAUCACGAACUGUUCCUGUCUGUUCCUCAGUUCCUCCAGAUCGUUGAAUGAUGCGUCGCUUUUUGAAAUCUUUUAGCCUGUUUCAUCUGGUCCAGCAGGUUGAAUUCAGCUGAUUUUGUUGGCAGUAGUCAAGUCCUGGGCGUGGCUUGAAAGAUUUUAUCUCAGGAAAAUGGGGAAGAUAUAAUUUUAUACGUAGAAUUGGGGCGGCUCUGAUAGCUUUUUGUUUCUUACAAAAUGAAGCCAUCAUUCAGGAACUACAUCUUUGUGUUUACCAAUACACACUUUUUUCGAUUAUCUGAACUAUUUAAAUGCAACAAAUAAGUAGAAACAGAACAAAUGUGGUUUUUUAUACGUCCAACAGUUAAACUUUGGUACAARUCAAAUUGGUUUAAUCUUAAAUUCGAUUCUUAACUUAACACUUUGACUGGCUUCUCAUGAGGACUUCCUGGUCUUUUUUUUCUCUUCCUUGCUCUCAGCAUGGUGCGUCUAAACCUGAGACAGUCGACUCGCUCCAUCUACCUGGGCCUGGCGUGUGUGUCCUUAACUCUCCACCUYCUUCUGGCUUUGUUUUGCCUCUCCGUCCUCCAGUCCGCCUGCGUCCUUCCCACUUCCUCCUCAUCCUCCGUUCCAAGGAUAGAUCCAGUCUCGCACGCCUCCUCCUCCUCUGCUGCCUCAAAUAAACAAGCCAACAGCCGCCAACACGGCGUUGGUCACAAGCCCAGAGUCGGUGGCAUGUUUGACCACGAAGRGAACGACUCGUUCAGCRAGGAUCUGGAGAAGGYGAAGAAACUAAUCGGAGUUGGAAAAGUGAGCAAAAAGGAGACGGGUCGCUCCAAGCUGGAUGAGCUGUUCAGACAUCCUUUAUACAACCUGCCACGCCCGAAACUGCAGGAAGACGAUUGGCUGCUGAGGCUGAAAACGGAUGCAGAGGCRGAGGAGAUUGAACAGGAAGAAAAAGCGAAUCGAGACUCCGUCACUAGCGACAGCGACUGGGAAAGUGCCAGUGAAGAGGAAGGCUAUGAUAAGGUCACCUGGACCAGAGAUGRGGAGACCCACCCUCCCUGGCUGAGGUUCCACCUGGGCGUCUCUCGCUGGGAGCUGUACGACAGGAAAGACCUCAACCUGGCCCAGCUGACUCAUUACUUGGCGACGCAGCGCAUCCUGGGGGCCGUUCAAAAGAAAGGAGGCACCCAGCUGAAGCUGCUCGUGUCGUUCCCAAACUACGGCCAGGCUCUGCUCAAACCCAUGAGACAAUCCAGGAACGCUGAGACGGACGUGAACCUGUUUUAUUUCUCCGACUUUGAGCGACACAACGCAGAGAUCGCCGCCUUCCAUCUCGACAGAGUGCUGGGCUUUAACAGAAUCCCCCCGGUGGUCGGUCGACUCAUCAACGUCACCACAGAGAUCAGAGAGGUCACCACUGACGAGAGGCUCUCCAGGACCUUCUUCACCUCCCCAGCUGGGAACGUGUGUUUCUACGGUAAGUGCGAGUACUACUGCUCAGCGGAGCACCCGGUAUGCGGCCGGCCUCACGCGCUGGAGGUGUCCCUCGCUACCAUGCUGCCCGACCUCAGCCUGGCUCCCCGCAGGUCUUGGAGGUCACCGUGGAGACGGUCCUACAGCCGCACAAAGCUGGCACACUGGGAAAAGGACGCCGCUUACUGUGACACAGUGAAGAAAACGCCUCCGUACAACCGCGGCACCAGACUAGUGGAUCUCAUCGACAUGGCUGUGCUGGACUUCCUCAUGAGCAACAUGGACCGACAUCACUACGAGACGUUUGAGGAAUUUGGCAACGAGACUUUCCUCCUCCACCUGGACAACGGUCGGGCGUUUGGGCGACAUUCUCAGGACGAGCCGUCUGUUUUAGCUCCUUUGGUGCAGUGUUGCAGAAUCCGUCGCUCCACCCUCCUCCGCCUGAGGCUCUUGUCCCGUCCUGACUUUCGUCUGAGUGAUGUCAUGCGGGAGUCGUUGGCCCAGGAUCCGCUCACAGCCGUGGCGCCCCUCCUCUCCGAGCCACACCUGUCUGCUUUGGAUCGACGCCUAGCAACCGUUUUGGCGGCCGUUCAGUCUUGCCAGGACAGGAACGAGGAUGUCGUUUAUAACGAUUUGGAUGAACACGACGAUCAACAGCUUGGGGAAAAUCUGUGACAAUAAAUUAUAUAUUUUCUAUAUUUAG